AUGACGCCGGUCAAGAUAGGAGCUCCUACGGAUUUCCAAAGGGUGCAAUCAUACCAGGCUAUGCCUCCAAUACCUACCCAACUUUCUUUCGAGCCUUUAGAGCUCAGCAUUCAUCGUGACGGGAAGAGGUUAUCGGAUCUGCCUGAGUUUGAUUCAUUCCAGGUGGAUGAAGGCUCUCCUCAACGCCAGACCCUGGCGGUCCCUCCAAGAGCUCUAUCAGCAAUCGACCUCCGUUCCCGAAGGUGCUACUCGACUGCGUCGAGCUUUUACUAUCUCUCGCAAACCAGUGGGUUCUGGCAACCGGACAUCGAUUGCACAUCUUGA